AUGCCUAGAGAUCCACUAAUUGGUAUUGUCGGGAAACCAUCGAGUGGAAAGUCCACAACAUUUGUGGUAGCUGGUCUUGUUCCCGGUGCUCAUGAGGGUCGUGGUCUUGGAAACAAAUUUUUGGAUGACUUGCGGCAUGCUGAUGCUUUGAUCCAUGUUGUAGAUGUAUCAGGUACAACCGAUGCCGAAGGCAAGGCUACAAGAGGAUAUGAUCCACUGAACGAUAUAGAGUGGUUACAGGAUGAGAUUUUCAGAUGGAUCGAAGGCAAUUUGAAAGAACGCUGGGGUUCCAUCAAAAGACGUCAUACAGCUACCAAAUCGUCAACAGUGGACACUUUACAGGGUCAAUUCAGUGGUUAUGGAAGUACUGCAGAUUUAGUAGCACGCGCAAUCUCAAAGUUAGAACUUCCACCUUUAGAGCAAUGGACUGAUGAACAAUUGAGUAUGGUUGUAAGAGCAUUUACAAAGGAGAAAUUUCCCACAGUACUAGCAUUAAACAAAAUGGACCAUCCUGAUGCCGACAAGAACGUAUCAAAGAUCCUAAAAAAACACGCAGAUACGAAGGCAGUUUUGACGUCGGCAAUCAGUGAAGUAUUUAUUCGUAAACUGGCCAAACAAGGCUAUGUUCAAUAUGAGGAGGGUACAGAAUUCCUCGAUACAAAAGAAGACCUCCCUGAUUCUAAUCUAAAGGACCUCGAUGACAAACUUAGACAGCGCGUAGAGGAUGUGAGAGAUCUUGUAUUAUAUCGGUUUGGAUCCACGGGAGUUGUGCAAGUACUACAAGCUGCUGCAGACGUACUAGAGCUUGUGCCAGUUUACCCAGUUAAAAAUAUUCAUAACUUUGGUGGUGCCCAAGUUUUUAGAGAUUGUGUGUUGUUACGGCGUGGCACUACUGUUGGUCAGGCAGCUCGCAAGAUUAUGGGUGAUAUCCCAUUGGCAGCUAUUGAGGGAGCAGGUGGAGUCAAAAUUGCCGAGGAUGAUAUAAUAGAUGUCAAGAAAAACGAUAUCCUUUGCUUUAAGCCUGGCGCUAGAAACUGA